GCGCAACCUUCAUCACCUGCUCACAUGCGUCUACACUUUGCGGUCUUGCUCAUCAACAUUUCUCACGACGCCAGCACAAUCUCACGCGAGCACACUCUGACCCUUUGGCAUGGCUCCGGAUUCGAAGAAUAUACCUUCAAUUCCAGUAUGGCAGCGCAAACCAGACGACAAUGCGCAGCAGCCAAUCCUCCCUAGUGGACCUGUGUCCGACACCGAGUCGACCACCUCCACAGACCUCCCUCUACUCGACCAAGCACGCAAGUUCCUUGAAGAUGAGUCGAUACAAGACGCCCCACGAGAACGCAAGGUUGCCUAUCUCGAAACAAAGGGUCUGAACCCUGAACAAAUAGAGCAAUUGCUGGGCUCUGAACCACAAUCCUCCCCAGAUUCGUCUUCAGCAUUGAAGACAGUACACGAUACCACACAAGACACCAAAGUAGAGCCUCAGGAGGCCCCGGCUAGCACAUCGCCCACACCCGCCGGAUCCUCACAACCUCAAACAGCCACCCCCAAACGAGACAUCCCACCCAUCAUCACAUACCCCGAAUUCCUGCUCAAGCCUCAAAAGCCUCCACCACUCGUCACUUUCGAGCGUCUGGUAGACGCAGCCUACGUCUUCGCUGGCGUAUCCGCCCUAACGUACGGAGCGAGCAAGUACAUAGUUCAGCCGAUGCUCGAAACCCUCUCCCAAGCACGGCACGACCUGGCCGAAAGCGCGAUCGCCGACCUCGAGCAACUCAACUCGAAACUCGAAUCCACAGUAUCCCACGUCCCAUACAUAGCAAGUAGCACCAUCCUCCAACGGAAGCCCGACGACGACCUCGAGUCCAUCGACUCAGACCCAACCGAGCUCUUCCACCGGGACAUCGCAACACAAACGUCUCCCGCACACUCGGGCUUGUCGACCCCCGACGAGAACUCAGCACAAAAUCCCACCACCUCCCAGUCCUCACGGCUACGUUCCCUUCACGUAUCGCUGUCCUCCUUAGUAUCCUCCACCAAUACACAUUUCUCGGAAGACCGGCUCAAAGAGCAGGUCACAGAAUUCCAGGGCGUGCUGGACAAGCUUUCGGCAAGCUACAAUCCAUUCCAGCUCGACUAUGGCGGUUCAGCACUCACAAGCUAUACCGACGAUAAGAGUAAGAGCAGGAAGCCCGCGUCGGACAAUGAGACGGCGAAGUUCAGGGCCGAGAUUCGGGCGCUGAAGGGUGCCUUCCUGAGUUCCAGAAACUUCCCGACUGCAAGACCGGUAGCGCCUUAUGCGCAGACUGGUAGAUGAGGAUUGAUUGACGGAUGGUCGACAAGGACUGACCUACAGUCCACGUACAUAUACCCGCUGCAUUGGUAAUCAAGUCUGAUAGCAAGAUAUAAU